UUUUCUACCUGUUUCAUCAAAAUAGAAAAAGAUUCUAUACUAUUUUUUUCCUCGCUGCUGCAGCUUAAAUUUCAGGAGAAAACGUCCUUCAGCAGCCCCAUGGAGACAUGGGUAAUAGCGGGCACACCUGCAGCAGGAACUAAUAAUCUAAGACCAAUUAUCAAGCUCGGGCCAUAAUCACCAUACGCAUAUAUGUCGUGUCACCAGGAUUUUGAUUAGGACCAGCUAUGGAUGUUGAUGACAAGAGUGGAGAGCGUGUUGAGAGAGUGCAGGCACUAAUACAAGAUGGGAAUGGGCUGCAAUUCAUCCCGAAGGAGUACGUGCAACCUCCAGGCCUAAGGCCCAACCUUGUCAAUUACAAAUCUUCAUUUGCCCAGGUUCCGGUCAUAAAUUUAUUCAAUUUCCAGUCAAACAACUUGGAUAAAAUCAGACAAGAUGUUGGCAAGGCCUGCAGAGAGUGGGGCGUGUUUCAGGUAAUAAACCACGAGGUACCCACAAGGCUUCUUGAUGAUAUGCGAGAUAUUGGGCUAAAGUUUUUUGAGACCCCAGUUGAACAUAAGUUGAAAUACGCCUGCAAAUCUGGAUCACCUACCUCAGAAGGGUAUGGCAGCAAGAUGUUGGUCAAGGAAGAUCAGGUUUUGGACUGGAGGGACUAUUUUAAUCACCAUACUCAGCCGAUAUCUAGAAGAAAUCCUAGCUGUUGGCCUGACGAUCCUCCUUUUUACAGAGAAACAGUGCAGGAAUAUAGCGAGCAAAUCAAGCUGCUUGCUCAAAGGCUAUUGGCUGUAAUUUCUGAAAGCAUUGGCUUGAAAUCGACUUAUAUCCAAGAUGUAAUUAGUGAACCCUAUCAGAAUAUUACUAUCAGUUAUUAUCCAGCAUGCCCUCAGCCAGAGCUCGCUUUGGGUUUGCAAGCACAUUCUGAUAUGGGUGCAAUUACCCUUCUAAUACAAGAUGAAGUAGGUGGUCUGCAGGUUCUUAAAGAGGGGGAAUGGAUAACUGUGCAGCCUUUGCGUGAUGCUAUAGUUGUCAAUCUCGGAGAUCAAACUCAGAUUCUGACCAAUGGAACCUACAAAAGUGCCGAACAUCGUGCUAUAGUCAAUGCUCAUAAGGCACGUCUUUCUGUUGCAACAUUCUAUGAUCCUUCAAGGCAAACCAGGAUACGUCCAGCACCAGAGCUCGUUAGUAAAGAUUCCUUGCCUCGGUAUAGGGAGGUCCUUUAUGGGGAUUAUGUCAAUGCAUGGUAUACUAAAGGUCCUGAAGGUAAAAGAAACAUUGAUGAACUUAGCAUUAAGGAUGAGCAUGCUUUUACCCUCUAACUUCUACAUUUGCAAGCAUUUUGUUGUGAAUAUGUCUGUAGAUGGAACAAUCCUGUGUAUUAGAACAAGAAAUAAGAAUGCAAUAGUCACUAGUAAGGUAUGAAAGUUUAAAAGAUUUCUCACAGACCAUUUAUUAUUUCAUUCAUAUAUUAAAAAUCUCAAGCUACACAACAUAUUCGUAUCCCUUGUUCUUGCUUUUGAGAAGACUGAGGUUCACCUGAUUAACUUUGGGAAUAAAGUAAAUGGUUGUGAAUCGACAACUGUCUGAAUUGAAGCAUAGAAACAAUAAACUUCAGGGAAUGCUACCCGGAUGUAUCCUCAAAUAAAGUGAAUUUCAGAAGACAUGUUGAUAUUA